UGAGCUCAUACCUGGUGGGAUGACACCAUGGCCAGAUGCCAAGUGGAAGAUGGAGAGCGACAGACAAGCAUCAAGAGGUAGAAUAAUCUGCAUAAUCUCUCUCUCUCUCUGUCUCUGUCUCUGUCUCUCGUCACCUCGCAGGAUUAAUCGGUGCUCCUCUGAUUUUGGAGAAUAACGCCUCACAUCAUGGACUACACUCUGGCCAUUCUGCUUUCCCUGCUGCAACUUUUGAGCAUGUGCACAGCUGCUCCACUGCCGGUGGAGGUGAAAUCCAAAGUGAAGAGACUGGCUGAGCAGCUGGUGGUCAGACUGGACAAAGACUUCCAGUUCCCUGCGGGCCGGACACUCAGUCCAGCUACUGCUGAAGACCUGGACGGACUGCCCUCCAUCUUGAUGGUCUUGAACGGUUACAACAGCCUGAUCUCCGACAGCCUCAGCGGCGUCCACCAGAUCAAGAGUGACAUCUCAUCGCUGACAGGUUUCCUGGAUCAGUGGAGGCAGGACCACUGCAGCGGGCAGCAGCCCAAACCCUCGGUGCCGGAGGAGCUGCAGAGGCUCCAGAGUCAGAAGGAGUUCAUUCACACGGUGAGCAUUGAAGCUCUCAUGAGAGUGAAGGAGUUCCUCAAACUGCUGCUAAAGAAGCUGGAACGUCUUGAGUCUUGCUGAGAGAAAAAAAAAGAACAACCAACAACACUCUGAGUCAUAUUUAUACGUUGUCAGGCCUCAUGUUUUGGACAAGUCCUGCAUCAGUGAUGUCACACUUGCCAUUCCCUCCUGGUCAUGUUGAACUUUUCUCCACUGAAGGAAAUGUGCUCUUUAAUAUGCACUUAUUUAUAUACUUUAUGUAUUUAUUUGCCUACUUGAUUCAGAAAACACGUAUUUUGUACCAAAGUAUUGUCUUGCUGUAGAAGGUCUUACCACAGGUUUAAGCAUAAGCAUGAGGACAACUGAGCAGCGACAGCCCAGCGGCGUGUGGAGAAUUUUACACACUAAAGAAAUCUAGAUAUCUUCCGAUAUGUUUACAUAUCUAAAUAGUGUUGAUCUUAAAUUAUUUUGGUUUAUUUUUGAAGUUGAGGUUUGAUCAUUUAAUGCACUGUUCGAAGUUUUAAAAAACCAAAGUCAUUAAACUGGUUUACUUGUAAAGUUCAAGUUCAGUAUCACCACUUAGUUUAACUAUAGUGUUAUAUUUGUAUCAAUAAUAGUCCAGUUCCGCCUACUCUGAGGUGGUGGGAGGGGCCCCCUAAAUCAAAUUCAGCUUAGGGGCCCCAUAAAGGCUUGGGCCGGCCCUGGGCUUUGCACACAAACAUACUUGAGCUGCUCUUAUACUUUGUAUUAUUCUGCUCUGAUGUGACAUCAUCAUGGAUGUGUUGGUAAACAAUCUACACACAGAUUCAGCCGCUAACGCUGAGUCAGCAGCGUGAGGAGGAUCAUGUUGUACGAUGAUGUCAUGUUUGGAAGAAAUGAAAGAAACAGAAUGUGUAAGAACUGGAAUUUAUUUAUAGCCAAAUGGGUUUUUUUAUAUAUAUAUUUUUGGAACUAUAUUAUAAUACAUUUGUAAUGCAAUAUAUAUAUAUUUUUUUUGUAUAUGCAAGUUUGUCAGUGAUGAGUCACAAGAGAAACGUAAAUAAAGUGAGAAUGACAUUCAGUGGUGGGCGUUUUUAUGGGAAGUGUUUAUCCAGUUAUCAGCU